CGUGCCCGGGCUCUGCCUGCUAGUGCUGCUGGUCCACGCCCGCGCCGCCCAGCACAGCAGAACCGCGCAAGAUGUGGAUGAGUGUGUGGAGGGGACUGACAACUGCCAUAUCGAUGCGAUCUGCCAGAACACUCCAAGAUCAUACAAGUGCAUCUGCAAGUCUGGCUACACAGGGGAUGGCAAACACUGCAAAGAUGUGGAUGAGUGCGAGCGGGAGGAUAAUGCAGGUUGUGUGCAUGACUGCGUGAACAUCCCUGGCAAUUACCGAUGCACCUGCUAUGAUGGGUUCCACCUGGCACAUGAUGGACACAACUGUCUGGAUGUGGAUGAGUGUGCUGAGGGCAAUGGCGGCUGUCAGCAGAGUUGUGUCAACAUGAUGGGCAGCUACGAGUGCCACUGCCGGGAAGGCUUCUUCCUCAGUGACAACCAGCAUACCUGCAUCCAGCGGCCUGAAGAAGGAAUGAAUUGCAUGAACAAGAACCAUGGCUGUGCCCACAUCUGCCGGGAGACACCCAAGGGGGGUAUUGCCUGUGAAUGCCGCCCCGGUUUUGAGCUCACCAAGAACCAACGGGACUGUAAAUUGACGUGCAACUAUGGUAACGGUGGCUGCCAGCACACAUGUGAUGACACAGAGCAGGGUCCCCGGUGUGGCUGCCAUGUCAAGUUUGUGCUCCAUACGGACGGGAAGACAUGCAUCGGGGAAAGGCGGCUAGAGCAGCACAUCCCUACUCAGGCCGUUUCUAAUGAGACCUGCGCUGUCAACAACGGGGGCUGUGACAGUAAGUGCCACGAUGCAGCGACUGGUGUCCACUGCAGUUGCCCUGUGGGGUUCAUGCUGCAGCCAGACAGGAAGACCUGCAAAGACAUAGAUGAGUGCCGCUUGAACAACGGGGGCUGUGAUCAUAUUUGCCGCAACACAGUGGGCAGCUUCGAAUGCAGCUGCAAGAAAGGCUAUAAGCUUCUCAUCAACGAGAGGAACUGUCAGGAUAUAGACGAGUGUUCUUUUGAUCGGACCUGUGACCACAUAUGUGUCAACACGCCAGGAAGCUUCCAGUGUCUUUGCCAUCGUGGCUACCUGCUGUAUGGUGUCACCCACUGUGGGGAUGUGGAUGAAUGCAGCAUCAACCGGGGAGGCUGCCGCUUUGGCUGCAUCAACACUCCUGGCAGCUACCAGUGUACCUGCCCAGCAGGCCAGGGCCGGUUGCAUUGGAACGGCAAAGAUUGCACAGAGCCGGUGAAGUGUCAGGGCAGUCCUGGGACCUCGAAAGCCAUGCUCAGCUGCCACCGGUCUGGCAAGAAGGACACCUGUGCCCUGAGCUGUCCCUCUCGGGCCCGGUUUUUGCCAGAGUCUGAGAAUGGCUUCACUGUGAGCUGUGGCACUCCCAGCCCCAGGGCUGCUUCAGCCCGAGCCAGCCACACCGGGAACAGCACAAACUCCAACCACUGCAAUGAGGCUGCAGUGCAGUCCGUUAAACAGCGGGCCUCAUUCAAGAUCAAGGACGCCAAAUGCCGUUUACACCUGCGAAACAAAGGCAAAAUGGAGGAGGCCGGCAGAAUCCCAGGGCCAGGUGGUGCUCCCUGCUCUGACUGCCAGGUCACCUUCAUCCACCUCAAGUGUGACUCCUCUCGGAAGGGCAAGGGCCGGCGGGCCCGGACCCCUCCAGGCAAGGAGGUGACUCGGCUCACCCUGGAACUAGAGGCAGAAGUCAGAGCCGAAGAAACCACAGCUGGCUGUGGGCUGCCCUGCCUGCGACAGAGAAUGGAACGACGGUUGAAAGGGUCCCUGAGGAUGCUUAAGAAAUCCAUCAACCAGGACCGCUUCCUGCUGCGCCUGGCAGGCCUUGACUAUGAGCUGGCCCACAAGCCAGGCCCAGUAGCUGGGGAGCGAGCAGAGCCGGUGGAGUCCUGUAGGCCUGGGCAGCACCGUGCUGGGGCCAAGUGUGUCAGCUGCCCGCAGGGAACGUAUUACCACGGCCAGACGGAGCAGUGUGUGCCAUGCCCAGCGGGCACCUUCCAGGAGAGAGAAGGGCAGCUCUCCUGCGACCUUUGCCCUGGGAGUGAUGCCCACGGGCCUCUCGGAGCCACCAACGUCACCACAUGUGCAGGUCAGUGCCCACCUGGCCAACACUCUGUAGAUGGGUUCAAGCCCUGCCAGCCAUGCCCACGUGGCACCUACCAACCUGAAGCAGGACGGACUCUGUGCUUCCCAUGUGGUGGGGGCCUCACCACCAAGCACGAAGGAGCCAUCUCCUUCCAAGACUGUGACACCAAAGUCCAGUGCUCCCCAGGGCACUACUACAACACCAGCAUCCAUCGCUGUAUCCGUUGUGCCAUGGGCUCCUAUCAGCCUGACUUCCGUCAGAACUUCUGCACCCGAUGUCCAGGAAACACAAGCACGGACUUUGAUGGCUCUACCAGUGUGACCCAGUGCAAAAAUCGUCAUUGCGGUGGGGAGCUGGGUGAGUUCACUGGCUAUAUCGAGUCCCCCAACUACCCGGGCAACUACCCAGCUGGCGUGGAGUGCAUCUGGAACAUCAACCCCCCACCCAAGCGCAAGAUCCUUAUCGUGGUACCCGAGAUCUUCCUGCCAUCUGAGGACGAGUGUGGGGACGUCCUCGUCAUGAGAAAGAACUCCUCCCCAUCCUCCAUUACCACUUACGAGACCUGCCAGACCUACGAGCGCCCCAUUGCCUUCACGGCCCGCUCCAGGAAGCUCUGGAUCAACUUCAAGACAAGCGAGGCCAACAGCGCCCGUGGAUUCCAGAUCCCCUAUGUUACCUAUGAUGAGGAUUAUGAGCAGCUGGUAGAAGACAUUGUGCGAGAUGGCCGGCUCUAUGCCUCUGAAAACCACCAGGAAAUUUUAAAGGACAAGAAGCUCAUCAAGGCCUUCUUUGAGGUGCUAGCCCACCCCCAGAACUACUUCAAGUACACAGAGAAGCACAAGGAGAUGCUGCCAAAAUCCUUCAUCAAGCUGCUCCGCUCCAAAGUUUCCAGCUUCCUGAGGCCCUACAAAUAGUGCCCCUAGGCCCGGAGACCCAGGUUUUGAAACCCCCAGACUCCUUAGCCCUCAGAGCUGGCAGCCCCCCCACCCUCAGACAAGGAACUCUCUCCUCUUUCUCUUUUUGGAGAAAAAAUAUCACUCACAGUCCAGGCACUCUCCCUUUCUGUCUUCCCAAUUUCCUUUCCUUUCUCUGUGCCUCUCUACUGAUUCCCCUUUUCCUACCUGCUCCCUGGAAAAGCCAUUCUCUAUUCCCCCUGAGGUGUGAAGGAACAGUAUGGCCCCCUCCCCUACCCAUUUUACCAGCUCACCUUCCUGGCCCCAUCAGCUUGGAAGAGUGUGAGAGGCCCAUGAAGGAAGGGGUCUAGUGGGGAAUGGGGAGGAGAAAGACGGGCUUCUGCCAUUAUAGGGUUGUGCCUUGCUAGUCAGGAGCCAAAACGUCCCCUGGCUGUACUCCCUAGGGUGACUCUAACAGCCCUGGAUCCUGCCAAAGAAGCCUUUCACUUACAGCUUAAUACCAGCACCAGUCCUCUGGGGCACAUGAUUUGAGCCCUGGACCGCCCACACCGCCGGCUUUCUUGUCUACACAGCUCCUCUGUUUCCUUGCCACAUGUCUGCCUGGGGUCUACUCCAUAAGGAUUUACAAAUGGCCCACAACACUGGGCUGGUGGACAAGCUGAAUGAGGAAGAACAGCAGGCAUUACUAUGUUGAAUGCUCUGCUGUGGCUCCCCAAGAGAAAGACUGUAGCUCUGUGGGACAGAAACCAGGUUUUAAAGCAUUGCAGAAAAGAAAAUGUAUCUAAAGAACUAGACACAGAACAAUUGGAAGCCAACCUCAAACACUAAUCCCUUUUCUCACUUAUCUUCCCUGGCCCAGCCACCCCCUCAGCCCCAUUGGAGUGCUCCCUGGGGGAGCCCUACUCCCCUUGCUAUGUGUUGUCCUUAAAGAAACAUGGCUGUUGAUCUGAAGCCA